GCUGACGAGGCAGAGAAGAGUCUCUCCAGAUCAGAACACCAGAUGGGUUACCAGGACAACGCUAGCCCUUCCGUCCUCCCGGAGUUCCCGUGUUGUGCCUCUUCUGGUAGCGCCUUACUGCUGGGUAUGAAGAGGUUGUCUGUGCUGCUGGUGGACUGCAGGAAAACAACGGGGCUGAGUGGAACUGUGAGAGGAGGAGGAGAGAAGAAAGGAUCAGAUUUGACUCAUCAAAGAGGAAAACCAACCUUGGAGGAACCAAAGACGUCCAACCCAGCAAGACGACACCUCUGCUCCCAUUGUGGAAAAAGUUUUAACCAGUUAGUUAGCUUGAAAAGACAUGAGAGGGUACACAUAAGAACGAAGCCACUCCAUUGCUCCCAGUGUGGAAAGAGUUUUAAGCGGUUAGACACCCUCAAAGCUCAUGAGCGAAUACACACAGGGGAGAAGCCAUGCCAUUGCGCCCAGUGUGGAAAGAGAAUGUGGAGUGUGGAAAGAAUGGCUCACUGAUUGAUACAAACAUAAUUCUUUAUAAAAAAAUAUAUAAAAAGGACCAUUUAAACACAUGGAAUCUGAUCUACUCUAUAUUCAAACUGACAU